CGAACAAACCAUGGGCACCAAGCGACCCGCCGCCGAUACGUUGACUUGGCAGGCGGAACUCUUGUCGUCGUUUGAUGCAUUGACAGCAAAUGAGACCACACCUCUCCUUUCCAGUGUUCGAGAUGUGCUCAUGGACAAACUUCUGGACGAUGACGGCUCUGCUGGGCUAAAUCAUGUGGUCGUGCUUGUCCUCCACGACACUCCGUCCGAUGCCUUGACUACUGCCAUCGAUGGCCUGGGUACUAAUGUAGUCACAACUCAACUGGCUGCUGUGCGGUUGGCCGAAGGCGACGCCAUUCCGAAGUGCGAAGCCACGCUGCUGUAUGCUCCCGUGUCCAAGACUGUCAAGGACGCGGCAAAGAAACAGACCAAGAAAGCCGUCAGGAACAAGAUCAAAAAGUUCAAAAAGAACCACGACGGUGCCAUGGGUCUGGAGUUCUAUCUUGCCGUCGAUGCCGACCUGGCCAAGAUCGUGCCCGUCGUGCCAAGUGCGACCUCCGAUCACACAUACGUAGAGUCGAAACCACUGGAGGAUGGACAGCCACUUGUUUACCCUCUCUUGGCCAUCGAUUGCGAAAUGUGCAAAACAACCAAAGGCGUCGAGCUCACCCGAGUGUCCAUCGUAGACGACCAGCACAAGGUUGUCUUGGAUGAGUUUGUUCUGCCCUCCAACCCCAUUGUCGAUUAUUGCACGCAGUACUCAGGUAUCACGCGGGAAAUUCUGGAUGGAUGCACCAACACACUGGCCUCGAUCCAAGCGAGUCUGCUGGCGUUGAUCCCUGCCGAAACUAUCCUCGUGGGCCAUUCCUUAGAAAACGAUCUCUCGGCCCUGCGUCUCAUCCACCGUCGUGUCAUUGAUACAGUGCUGCUGUACCCCCAUCCAAAAGGCCCUCCCUUCCGUUCUGCGCUGCGAUAUCUGUCCAGUACCUACCUCAAAAUCCAGAUUCAAACCGGCAACGACGGACACUGCAGUGUCGAAGAUGCUAUGUCGACAAUGAAGCUCCUCCAGCUCAAGGUCAAGCGUGGCCCGCUGUUUCCGUCCAUCAUCGCCCAAGAUAACCAUCCCCGCAAACUACUCACAGAACUGGCCCAUCGUAAGAAGUCGGCUCUCAUCAUCGACACUGCCGCCGCAUGCCGCACGCUCGCAGGGGGCACCGCCGCCGCCAUUCCGUGCACCUCUCCCGACACUGUGUUCCACCACGUCGGGCACCAACUGACCACCGGAUGUCCGCCGACAUUCACAUGGGGCCAAGCAGCGUGUCCGGCCAAAGCAUCCGAGCUCGUGCGCGACAUCGCCGCGGACCUUCCACCGCAGUCGCUGCUGCUGGUGGUGUGUUGUCCCGGCGUCCACGAGCUCAAAGCGCUGCACAAGCUGCGCACAACUCGCGGCGACCCUCGGUGUACACUGCAGUGGGAUAAAUCCCAGCAAGACAAGUUGGACGUGGUGGCAGCCACGGCUCAGCGUGGCCGCGUGGUUCUCGUCGCCAAAGGCAGCUCGUUAAACGACGACCAACCAUAACGAUAAAACUAUGAUGGAAAUAGAAUUAUUUCACGUGUUGUGAAAUACUUUCUGGGUCAUGACAGCGACGAACGACGAGGGGGCGUGACGUAUCGUGGGGCUUCGAAGGGCGUGCCGCGACCGUCGCGUCACGGCGCUCUCUUGCCACACCAACCUCCGUGCGAAUUGAAACUCGGCUCGUAAUUCAGGCAUGCUCUUCACAUGGUUCGAGCCAUUGAGCUGGUGCUGGGUCGACGGCUUUAACCGUCGUUCCAACGUGUCAGAUGCCAACGGCAAUGUUGCCAGCCACGGGAUGUUGACACCAGUUUUACACCGUCGCAGCUAAGAGACCCAUGAUGUCACGUAGAUUCGAU